AUGGGGAUGCUCGCAUGCACUAACUGCGACUCGAGCCACCGAUCGUUCACCGUCGACUAUGGCAACAACCAGUUCCUCAAGGACGGCCAGCCGUUCCGCUACGUUUCCGGCUCCAUGCACUACUUCCGCGUUCACCGAUCAUACUGGCGGGACCGCAUGGUCAAGAUGAGAAUGGCCGGACUGAACGCACUGCAAACGUACGUCGAAUGGAGUGGCCAUGAGCCAGAACCCGGGAAGUUCAACUUCGACGCUGGCUACGACCUGGAGGCGUUCCUGGCCACCGCCGCGGACGUCGGUCUUCUGGUCAUACUGCGACCGGGGCCUUACAUCUGCUCGGAGAGGGACAAUGGAGGCUUGCCCUAUUGGCUUCGAAGACUGGACCCGCAAGUGAGGUGCAGAUCUUCAGGCGCAUCGUACAUGGAGGCGGUGGCGAGGUGGAUGGACGUCCUUCUUCCCAGAGUCCAGCCAUACAUGUAUGAAAACGGAGGUCCCAUCAUCACAGUGCAAGUAGAGAACGAGUACGGAAAUUCGGGCCUUCCCUGCGACGCAAAUUACUUGCGUGGUCUUAUCACUAUGUUUAAGAGACACCUAGGAAAAGACGUCGUUCUGUUCUUUACGGAUUACCCGACCCACAAGGCAUACCAAUGCGACCUCGCCAGUGGUCCGCUGGUAACGGCUGACAUCGACUCUACGGUUAGCGUAUCAGAGAUGUUCCAUGUCAUGCGCAUGGACAUGAAGAAAGGACCUCUGGUUGUCACGGAGUACUAUCCCGGAUGGAUUGACAACUGGGGCAGACGGCACGCGAAGGUAGACCAGCGGAAAUUCCUCAAGAACUUUGAGACCAUUCUGGAGUUGAACGCAUCAGUGAACAUUUACAUGUUUCACGGAGGCACCAACUUCGGCUUCGCGAACGGAGCCGAUCCACUGCCGGAACCCACCAGCUACGACUUCGGAGCGCCCCUUAACGAAAGCGGUGACCCGACGGGCACGUACUACGCCAUCAGGAACACCACGGCACGGUACCUACCCGUACCGCACGGGCCAUUGCCAGAGCCGGCUCCAAAGCUGAACCUUAGUUUGGUCGAACUGCGCCGGUGCUUGCCGUUCGACGAGAUGUUCAUCUUUUGGCAAGCACGCCACGUGCUGAAGACGAUGUCUUCACAGUUCCCGAUGUCCUUCGAAGAGGUGGGACUGGAUAGGGGCUACCUCGUUUACACCACGACUGUCAAGUUUCGGCCGCGCAGUCCGGCAGUACUGUCGGUUCCUGGCUUAAGGGACAGAGGUUACGUGCUUACAGCAGUGACGAAAGCAGUCCUCGCCAAAGACCAGAAGAUUUUCACCGCUCCCAUCAUAGUGACGCGCGGCCAGAACAUCACAAUUCUCGUAGAAAAUACUGGACGGAAUAACGGUGGCUUGUGCGAUUCGAAGGUAACGUGA